ACCAGCGAGAGCCGGUGGAAUGUACGUCACUUCCUUGAGUUAUAUCCAUUUGUUUGUGGCCAGCAGUUACCUACUGCGUAAACACCAAAGAUAUCGUUACUGUUUUACCUUACAAUAUGUGUGGGUGGAAACUACCGAGGGUUGAUUUUAUUUGAACUCUUAGUCAGAAAAGUGCAAGCUCUUUUAGUUACCUAACGCGUUGGCGUUAGCGAAGACAGGAUAACGUGUACUCGCUAGCUGCUUUAGGUUAAUUGGCUAACUAUUGUUAGCUGGCCGGAUACCAUUGGUAUUGUUGAGGGUUUUUUUUUUUUGUAGAGUCCUUGUCCUGGUACUGCUGGUGUUGUUCUGUCCAUAGAGUUGUGAAGCUGAUGGAGUGCCCUCAUCUCAGCUCUAACGUAAGCUGUGCCACCGACUCCCCCAGGUUCCCUAACGGUACACCGUCCUCCUGGUGCUGUAAUGUUUGCAGGUCGAAUAAAAGUCCAUGGAUUUGCCUUACCUGUCUGAUGGUUCACUGUGGGCGAUAUGUCAAUGGGCAUGCGAAGAAACACUUUGAAGAGAACCAAGGCCCCAGCAUUUGUCAAAGGAAGGGGGAAAAACAGGAGAAAGAUAAAACCUAUCAUUCUGUCUGCAUGGACUGCAGCAACUUCAGUGUAUUUUGUUACAGAUGUGAUGACUUUGUUGUCAAUGACACCAAACUUGGGCAUACACAGAAGGUGAGAGAGCAUCUCCAGAGUUUAGAAAAUUCAUUGCUUUUGGGAGACAGACAGAGGAAGAGGAAACUUCUAGAAAACUCGGCUGCAGAUGGAAAGCUGUUAAAAGACAAUGACGGGGUGGCUGUGGGUGCCACUGGUCUUCGAAACUUGGGCAACACAUGCUUCAUGAACGCCAUCCUGCAGUCACUCAGCAACAUCGAGCAGUUCAGCUCUUAUUUCAAGGAGCUGCCUGCUGUUGCCCUGCGCAGCGGUAAGACGGCAGGAAGGAGGAUGUACCACACCCGCAGCCAAGGGAACAACAGUGUUUCCUUGGUGGAGGAGUUCAGGAAAACUCUUUGUUCCCUUUGGCAAGGAAGCCAGACCGCCUUUAGUCCAGACUCCUUAUUUUAUGCCAUAUGGAAAAUCAUGCCCAGUUUCAGGGGCUAUCAGCAGCAGGAUGCUCAUGAAUUCAUGCGCUACCUGUUGGACCACCUCCACAGGGAGCUCCAGUACAGCCGCAAUGGGGCAUCUUACCCUGUCUCGCCUCAGGACGGAGUCAGACUCUCCACCACAGACAGUAAAUGCUGCAUAAAUGGCACUUCCAGUGUUGUCACGUCUAUUUUUGGUGGUAUACUUCAAAACGAAGUUAACUGCCUGAUAUGUGGAACAGAAUCUCGAAAGUUUGAUCCAUUUCUUGACCUUUCUUUGGACAUUCCUAGUCAGUUUAGACAAAAGAGAAGUAAGGACCAGGAGCCAGGACCUAUAUGCACUUUACGUGACUGCUUGCGUAGCUUCACUGACCUGGAAGAACUUGAUGAAACAGAACUAUAUUAUUGCCACAAGUGUAAAAAACGACAGAAAUCAACCAAGAAGUUCUGGAUCCAGAAGCUGCCAAAGGUCUUGUGCCUGCACCUCAAACGGUUCCACUGGACUGCUUUUCUGAGAAACAAGGUGGACACUUACGUGGAGUUUCCGCUGAAGGGCCUGGACAUGAGGGGCUUCUUACUUGAGCCAGAGAACACGUUACCAGGGAGUUGUUUGUAUGACCUUGCUGCUGUCGUGGUGCACCAUGGAUCUGGGGUUGGAUCAGGGCAUUAUACAGCAUAUGGCAGCCACGAGGGCCACUGGUACCACUUCAACGACAGCACAGUGACUCUGACCAAUGAGGACACAGUGAAGAAAGCCAAGGCCUACAUCCUCUUUUACGUUGAGAGGACUGUUCAAGAGUCUUUAGACACUGACAGCACUGCCACAACUCAGCCCAGCGUGGACAUGGCAGCCACGGACUGCUUUUCGACAGAAAUAGUUUCUCAGGACGAGGUUGCGGCAGACGCACAGACGUGUUUGACGGACACUACACAAGCAAACAUCCUGGAUGAGAAAGCUGAAGAAGAUAUGAGCAUAAAUAUGGCUCCAUUAAAAGAGGUGAAGAUGCCGUCGCAGGAGGCUGCAGCAGACAGAGAUACCUCAGAGGAAGCUCUCCAAACUGCUGCACCGUGAUUCAGUCACAAUUCACUGCCUCACAUUAGCUUUCCUUCAUUUUGGUUUCACCUCAGAUGUGUCACAGUGCUUGAUUUAUUAUUAUUGUAGUUUAUUUUCCUAUUCAUUGUAUGUGUUUCUUGAGUUGUUUGAAAUAAUCAUGUUUGACUUGCUGCUUUUUUUUUGCAUUUUUAAUUGUCUUUUGCUUCUUUUUUUUGUAAUUUUGUCAGACAUUUGUGUAUGUAAUAGAUUCCAAAGGUUAUUGUUUAUAAUAAUGAAGGAAAGCUGGAGCCUUGGGAAACCUCAGGUGGUCCAAAGGUCAGUAGGUGGAGACUGUAUCACCACAGAGUCAUUGUGAAUAUAUUACUGUUCUGUUAUUUUCUUUAAAUUUCAAUUUCUUUUUAAUUUUCAACAUUUUAAAAUGUGUAGCUCUUUUCCAGUUUUUAGUGGAUAUUUAGUGUUUAUACUGCAAUGUCUUUGAAUUUCAGUGUUUAUUUGGGCUCUUAAUUUGUAUUUCCUUCUUUACCACCAAACAUAAAAAAGAUGUGAUCAUUUCGUUUUCUGUGUUGGUGGUGGAUUAUCAUUUAACGUUUAUGUUUCCCUAAAUGAUCAGUCACGGGACCUAAUGAAAUUCACAGUUGAGUAUGUAUCAGUUAUUGCUGCCAUGACUGAAUGCAAUGAAAACUCUUUCAUUCAUA